UUGGGCCCUGAAACACGUGACACCUAACACUACUUCGUUCCUGGAACGAUGUCGCUGAGUCUCAGCCUAACCUAAGCUCCCCGCCUGAAACUUCGACACAGACGUCCCGCAUCUCGCACGUUGUUUUGACGUUUCGCUUAGGACCAUGUUGGCGGAAAAAAUGCUACAUCUAAAACAGCUUGGAAUUCGAUUCACCAGUACAUCUGCAGCUUCAGGGGCAACUAAAUCGGGCAAACUGUUAGAUUCAAUUAUAAGAGUAGAUCAUGCUGGAGAAUUAGGAGCUGAUAGGAUAUAUGCCGGGCAGAUGGCUGUUUUAGGUAAGACUGCAGUCGGUCCAACCAUUCAACAUAUGUGGGAUCAAGAGAAAAGGCAUCGGGCAAAAUUUGAGGACUUGAUUAGACAAUAUCGCGUAAGACCCACUGUUCUGACGCCUGUUUGGAAUGUUGCUGGCUUUGUUCUUGGUGCUGGUACAGCACUAAUGGGAGAGAAGGCAGCUAUGGCUUGCACUGUAGCUGUCGAAACAGUGAUCACAGAGCAUUACAAUGAUCAGUUGCGUACUUUAAUGGAAAGUGGUGAAAGUGUAGAUGAAGAAUUGCUAGAUACCAUAAAGAAAUUCAGAGACGAAGAGCAAGAGCAUCAUGACACAGGCAUAGACCAUGGUGCAGAACAGGCACCAUUUUACCAAGCCUUAACAGAUGCGAUUAAGUUAGGCUGUAAGACAGCUAUAUCAAUAUCUAAAGUCAUAUAAUUUGUUACAGUAGUUUACGUACAGUAUUUCAUUACCAUGUAGUGUCUAAUAAAUAAAGAGCAUUAUUUUAUA